AUGAUCCGUUGGAAAUUCCUGAAAGUCGCUUGGUUACGCGGCGCCCUUCAACUCUUACUUCUGUUAUCGGAGUCUUAUUCGCCAACUUCGGCCCAAGAUGACUCGAGUGAUGUUCAAGUGAGUUUUGAGAUGGUUUCUACCAUUUUUAUCAUUCGUUCCUUUGUAAGUCGAAGUAAUUAUUUUAGCCUGGUUGGGAAUUUUAGAGGCCAAAAGCGAAAAUCACAAAUCUGACUUUUGGGAGCCCCUAACUUUUUUUCACAGACUUUGAGGACAGUUUUUGAGACCGGAUUUGGAAUCAGCGUGAAAAACUACAUCUAAUGAGCCUAGUCUCAUUCAGAAGUCCCAAUGUGAGCUUCCAAAGGACCCCUAAAACUCACCACAGUGAAUGGAAAUUCACUAAAACUUUUAAAUUUUGGAUAAACUUAAAACUCAAGACGGACUUUCAGCCGACGGAGAUGUUCGCCAUCCGGAAAGACCAACGAAUGCCGUGGUCCCAGGCCCACGUCUCCCUGCCCCCACGUCAUCCGAUGUACGAUCAGUUCGUCGCCAAAGUCGUCGACUUGUCGCCCUCGAUGUAAGGCUUGGGAAUAUCAAAAAAUGAAGCUAUAAAUUAUUUAUCUUGUUGUUUUACUCAUAGAUUUUAUUGACAAUGCGAAGAAAAAAAAACUGUAAAAGCUAUAAUGAACUCGUCUUUGGCGAAGUAGAAGUUCAAACGUAUAGUUGAUAAAGUUGAAAGCAGGGUCUUACGGUCUUCUGCGCGUAAUUCCUUCAGUUGAGCCUUGAAGAGUUUAAAAAUACAAAAAUUGAUUCCUGCGAACUUUUCUUUUUUCCAGUUAUUCUCAAAUAAAAUCUACCUUUCACAUUCCCGAUAAAGAAAACUAGAAUGACUUCUAGAUUUAUAUAUUUUUCUUCAUCAUCAGAAAUUUUUUUCGCGCAAAUGAAGUAUGCGAAAUUACGUGGUGUGUUUGCAUACUCGUGGUAAAUCAUAAACAGGAGCCGUUCCGGCUUUCAAAAACUAGUGCCGUGUUCAAAGUAAAUUCCGCGAAAUGCAAAAUGAUCUCUGACUCUCCAAAAUUUAGUGAUCUUUUCCUUUCUCUAACGGGUAUUUUGCAUUUCGCGGAAAUUACUUUGAACACGGCAUAGAAAAAAACUUCAUUCAUUUUUUUAUUGAUUCUCGUUUUCUGUUGAUUUUUGAACCUCUCAUCAAAAUGACAUUUACCUACCGAAUCUUUUAGCAAAAAGGCCGUCUUUUGAUAAUUUUGAUUAGAAAGGAAAAUAAAGCUUUUUUUAAAUUUCUCGUUUUCUGAAUUAUCAAAGACUGUCUUUGUUAUAUGUUAUAUAUUAUAUAUUAUAGAUCCGAAGAGUUACGCGAUGUCAACAAGACGUUUGUCUCCGCCGAUUCGCCAACGUCCAUCAGAAUCAGAGGUCUUCAUGCUGGUCAUAAAUAUAGGUAUUUCGAUCCAAGGUGCAGUUUUACCAGUUGUUUUGUUCAGCAUAUCGAUCGUGGGCAGAAAAGGCGAAAGCUCGUCGUUGAUCAAGGAAGAAACCCUGGUGAUGGAUCCGAAGGCGCCGGAUUUUCGGUCAGAACAUACGGAAUUCAUCAUCCGGGAGACCAACAUCACCCUCCGGACAAUCAAAAACGAAUCGUUUCUCCAGGUUCUCAAUAAUUUUUCAAAUUUUCAAACUUCGAAAUGUUCCAGGACUCCUUCCUCAUCGAAUAUCGACAAAUCAACCCCGAUCAGAAGUUCCCAGUGCUUCAAGUCUCCGAUAUCACUGACCAGAAAAAUCUGGAGUUUUACCUCGGUUAGCGGUUUCGAUCUUUCCAAAUUGAUUAGAGUAUAGUUUCGUUCUUUUCGCGCAGAUGUUAGGAACAAAAAUGAAUAUAUUUCUGAAAGAAGUAGAUUUUUUUUUUGCUUGAAUAUAAUUUAAUAAGAUGAUAUGACAGCAUUCUUUCAACUUCCUGCAGAUAGACGAUGACUGAUUUUUGAAAAAUCUGGAUUUUUUUUUUGUUUGAAUCCCUAUAGGGAUACUUUUUUAACCCCUAUAGGGACCACUCCGGAACUCAUAAGUCUGGUACAUCAAGGAGUGCUCUGAAAAUUUUUUAGGAAUUCCCCAACCACAAAAAAAUGACUGUCCUUGUAAGGAAUCAAAGGCUCGUAUAAUUCCUAUGUUUCCUAAUGGUAAUGACCGUUUUCCAGGAAACUUGAACCCUGGUCGAGACUACACGGUUCGCGUCAGCUCGGUUAAGGAUGGAAUCACGAGUCGGCCGUGGAUUUCAACGCUCACAACAAGUUUGAAUUUUGAUGAUCUUCCAUCUUUUUUCUGUUUCAAAUUCGUUUCAAAAUUCGUUAUUCAAAAAAUCACAAUUAUUCAAGCUUAAGACAUCGCUAGCUUAUACAAAACGUGAAUAAGAUUCGAAAAAUUUGUUUUUCUAUGCUGUCUCAGAUCGGCGCGAAUCCACUAGUAUAGUGAUGAAUCAACUGAUUCAAGUUCAUUUUUGGAAAAUUCCUCUGAUCUAGGCCCAUAUCAUAUAGCUAGAAGACGCCACUUUUUCUCCGUAGAGUGUCGUGUGUCGUGUGCAUGCACUGCGCCGCUUUCGCGCAGAAAAUUGCGCUUCGUCUCAAAGACCUCUGACGAUACGGCGGCCUGCGCCUUUAAUAUGCCCUGUUAUUUCCGCUUUUAGAGCCGUUCACAUGACGUCACGUGGGAACGGCGGAUAUUUUGGCUCCGCCCACCCUGUUUUUGGUUUCGCGUUUUGUUCCACUGUGUACUGCUCUAAAGCCACAACUGAAUUUUUGGUCGAGAAUUUAGAAAAAGAAAAUUUUUUUCGAGAAAGUCGGGAUAAACAUGAACGAAUCGUAUAUCAAACGAUGCCCAAGGACACGAUCUUUUCAAAAAAUUUUAUUUCGAAGGGCACUUUCUUUAGAAUAAGCAGAAAGGAAGCCAAACGACAAGCGUUUCUCAUUAGCCUCCCUAAUAUUUUCAUCAGAUUCUCAAGCCGUUGUAUCAAUCAAUCAUUCAUUUUGUUGAUAAUUAAUCGGCGGUGAACAAGAACUUUAAAAGCUAUAAAGAACAACCGUCUUUGGCGAACUAGGCGUCCGAACGUGUAGUUGAUCAAGUUGAAAGCAUGGUCUUACGGUCUUCUGCACGUAGUUCAUCUAGUUGAGCUUUGACGUGCUCAGAAUGUAUGUGAUGUAGAAGCAGGAGCCUUGGGACCGUUCUCUAGGAGGAAGCCUCGAAAUGAGAGCAACCACAGAAGAGAGAAGACUUUACCAUACGUCAGUACCUUUUCAAAAUUUUUUUCGCGCGCAAAAGGCUGUAGUGGGAUCCAGUCGGUGUAUGGACGCUACCCAGAAUCCACUUACCUGACUGGAAUAGCUCAAAAGUUGCAUACUUACUUUUUUCGCUUCAGAGCCAUCGAGUUUGUCCUCACUGACCGUGACUCAAAACUCUACGGCUUGUGUCGACGUCGCCUGGACGAUGUCCGUCGACGGCGGCGCCGAUUUCCUUCUUCUCGAAGUUUUGCCCAUCAACUCUCCGUCUUCGAACAUCAGCAAGGUUUUUUUUGUGUCUCAUCAUUCUCAACUACAAAUUUAUAAUGUUUCUUCAUCAUUCUUAUCUAUAAUAUGUUAAAAGGUUGAAAUCAAGAAAGACGAAGUUUUGCAGCUGACGGUUUCGGCCUCGGACGCGUCGACCUCAAUCGGCGAUUCGUUGGUUCCCGGCGAGUCGUACAAUUUAACGGCGACCGUGCAAAAAGGCGCUCAGUUCUCGGGUCCCACCACGAACAGCUUCCAAUUGCGUCCACUGCCGCCCAUCGACUUCAGAGUCCGUUUUUUUCCUUUCUUAUUGCGCCAGAAGAACACGUUUUGAAUCAAGGAAAUCGCUUGGCAUGAAGAGAAAAUAAAAUUGACCUUUCAUUUUGAUUAUUUUUUCUGGUAAGUGGAAGAGUUCGAAGUUGAGGUUCUCGACGUAAAAUUCAAAAAAGGAGAUUUUAGGUACCUGAAAAUAUUUUUGAGCUCUUCUGACAAUAUUUUCUAGUUUUGAGUGUUCAUUUUCUAUCCAGAGCUUCACUAAAAUUUAUGUAAAAGUGAUAUUUUUCGAUUUUUAGUUUAUUUUCUCAUGAAAUUCAAAAAGUGGCCCCAAGGUGAUUUCUGAGGAAACGGGGACGAAAUGGUGAUCCCUAGAGGGGUAAUCUAGGUGUUCCCGAUAGGGUUAAGGCCUGACCCCUAAGCCUCUGAGUCUCAAGUGGUCCCUGAAGGGGUCUUCUAAGUUUUUGCUCAGAUUUGAGAGUUGAAAAAACGUUUAAUGCUGGCAAGGUCCCCCCUAGAGUGGCCACUAAUUAAAACCCCUAAAAGGACCUUUUUUGGAAACUGUAUUGUCCCUAUGGGGAAAGGUAAGGCGGUCCCUAGAAGAGAACUCAAAAAUCUCUAAGAUCGCCCCUCGAGGGAUCACUCUGACGCUCCUAAGCUUCUGAGAUUCUAGAUUGAUUGUAAAGGCGAAAAUGAACGAUCUUUAUGAAUUUUUCAAGAAGUCUUUCAAUUUUUUUUUUUCCUCAUGUGGUGUUUUCCAGGUGAGAGCCGACCUGAAACGCGGCAAAUACAAGCUUCUCGCUGAGCUUCCGACGGCUUCAAAAAUCGAAAAAUGCCACGCGACCGUCGUUGGCGAACAGCUGGCCAAGAUCAACAGCGAUGCCGACGUCGAGCAGACCAAGUCUGGCCAUCGAAUGUGCGUCUUCUAAAAGUGGCUCGAUCAAACUUUCUUGUUCAGCUGCUGGUUCAACUUCGGACUGUCGCCCGGGGAACGGUUCGACUUCACGCUCUCGUCGGUCGUCAACGAAUCGUCGAGUCAGAAGUUGCAGAAGAGCAUCGUCCUGACGCCCGCCUUCGACAUGAGCGCCUUCGGCCUGACUCUCCAAGUCGGUUUCCAGUUUUGAUCACUAUUUUUUUCCUGUCUUGAAAGAAGAUCGGCGAAAAAAAAACUCGAGCCACAUUUUUUAAUGUCUUUUUUUGAUAGUUUCAAAUAAUUUCUAACUUUCAUGGUUUGAAAAAAAUUCAAAAAAAUUUACCAGGCUAUUUCAGUGAUUUUUCGAAAUUUUUUUCAAAAACCAUGGAUAUAACUCUUUUUAAUAUCGAUUAGUUCUCAACCAGUGUCAUCAUAUGACGUCAAAAAGGCGAGCUAAACUUUUUGAGCCAUUUCCUCCCAUCGUAGCCGGGUUACGGUAGGCAAACCUGCGUAUCUAAGAAUUUCAACUUUUCUAAAUUUUGUUCAUUUUUCUUCCUUAAUGCGUUUGACCUCGAGUUCCUCGCCAAAAUCCGCGCUAAAAGUCGUUUUUCCCUUUCCAGUAGUCAUCCUAAGUCCAUGUAACUUUAAGCUUACUUUUUUUAUCGAAAAGACGAGCAAAAAAAAUCUUCAAUCUUCGAGGGGGCGGGGCGGGAGGGGUCGAAUGAUCCUUAAAAUUUUUAAAAAAAUGAGAAAAAAAUGAACUCAUUUUAUCACCCACAGUUAUAUUUUGCUCUACCUCUGACCAUAGAUCAGUUUGACCUUUUGUUCUUCUCUACUUCAGAUCAUUUAUCCAUCUUCUCUUUCUUUUCAACAUUUUUUUUUCUUGUUUCAACCACUGUUUUUAUUGAAUUGAUAACGAUAUGCUUGUGAAAUUUGAAGUACCUUUUGGGUCAUUGAAAGAGAGAAAGUUCUGUUUGUUACCGUUUGGAGACCUUUUUUGAGAUUGAGAUUUUUGAAGACCUUUCGGAGACUGUUUGCUCCCUUUUGGAGACCCACAACGGCCCUUUUUCUCAAUUUUUAUUUGAUGCUAUUUUCAUAUAUUGCUUAAAAAAAUAUACUGCUUAUAUAUUUUUUUAAAUUCAGGCUGUUUCUAGUGUAAAAUCAUGUUUUUAGUUUUUGAAACUAGUUAAAUCUUCGGCUGAAAUUUCUUCACUAUCAACAUUUUUUUCCAGGAGGCAAAUGGAGGAAUCGAACUGCUCUGGCCGCAAAGUGACGUUUUUAUGUCGCGAGUGCGUGAUAUUUGGAAUAAGGUGUGUUGAUUUGCAGCAUUAAAAACAAUUUAAAAAUUCACUUAACAAAAAAAAUCGUCUUAUCGAUCGCUUAAAUUUCUCUAGUGACCACACGGCGUUUUUAUGAUACGCCAGUCAAAAAGUUCCGUGAAUUAUGGUGCUUAUGGUGUAAACACACCGAGACGCAUUAUCGCAUACUUCAAACUUUUUUUUUCAAUUUUGAAAUUUCGAAUUUUAAACAAAGCUACCGUAGUCGUACAAUUUACUUUCACUGCCAAGACUAGUCAAGGAAAAAAGUCGUUCGAAUUAUUGAAUUUUUCUUACUUUCAAUAGAUCAAAACUUUCCCAUCACAGGUGGUAAGCACUUGAAAAAAAGAAAACUCCGCUUUAUCGACCGCUCAAAUGUCUUUAGUGACCACUUGAGGGAUUUGGAGAAAAUUCCCUUGAAGCUUCUGCCGUGUUCAAAGUGAUUCCGUGAAAUGCAAAAUAGCCGCCAGAGAAAGUAAAACAUAUCUGACUUUUAGAGAGCCAGAGACAAUUUUGCAUUUCGCGAAAUUUACUUUGAACACGGCAUUCAAAUUCUUAAAAAAAUCACUGAAAUCACAGGAGGAUCAAAAGAUUUAUAUAUACAGGUAGUGGGUCCGGAGAGCACUUUGCACCUGAGAGUGACCCCUUUUGGAGCUGCCGCUGAGAGAGCCCGACAGUUCAAGACGUCGCCCCGGUCCGCCGAAAAAGUCUUCGUGCCUUCCUUGGUGAAGGGCGCCUGCUACAAGGUCACAGUUUCCUUCAGGAUAAAAUCCAGUUUUCAACGACUUGUGUGCGGCAUUUACAGUUCUUUUGCGAAGCGGUUGCGACGCGUUUUGGCUCCAUUUUUUCUUUUUUGAAGUUCUCUUUUAUGUAUCUAGUGAAAAAGGUCGGAAUACCUUCUUUAAAAGUUAUUUGGUGUGAAUAAUUGAAUGCUUCACCGGGAUAUCCUGAAAAUACGCAAAUAUUCAAAUUACCUACAGAAAAGCGUCGCAGAACGCUGUGCCAAAUGCCGCAGCCGGUUUUAAGUCAAGAAAUUAAAAAUACCUGGGCGUUUACAGGUGCAAGUUUACACGGUGACGCCGACGGGCAUCAUCUCGGACGUGCAACACGACGAGACGAUUCGGAUGAGCUCGCCGCCGGUCAACGUCACCCUGGAGGCUGUGACCAGGGCCAGCGCCACUCUUAAACUCUCCUCCGACUCUUGGGUACUUGCCAACAAAAUGGGAUCGCGGGAGAAUUCCAGAAUUUCUCGAGACCCAUGAGCAAGUAUUUUCACCUACUGGUGGGGACCUGUGGAGGGCUAUUUCCUACACCAGUGAAGGGCAAUUCUGGAAUAUGUUUUGUAUCCUUUUUUGGAUUUUUUUAAAAUCGGUUUUCCGCUUUCAUGGCUACGUUCUCUGUCCUUAUUCUGAUCCUCGUUCAGGAAGAGGCGACGGCGACAGAUUGCCAAGUGAGCGUGGUCGUACGGGAUAUGCACGCGCAGAUCGUCUUCGACAAGCGACUCCCACUGUCGACCACGCUGGUCCCACUGCUGCAGCUAAACGGCCUGCGCCCCUUCCACAAGUACACGGUGAACACCCAGGUUGGAAGGGAGAACACCGUCUUGGUGGAGCAGUUCACUUUGUAGAUCGUGUGUGGGAGCGGGGGAUCCUUGACCGAGUGCGCCUCUUCCACAAGAACCAUGAGGCAGCUCUCGUUCUCAACUCGACAAGAUCGGCCUGGACCCGUUCAGGCUCUUCAAGGUUAGAGAGCAACUUACAGGGGGACUUUUUUGAAGAAUUAUGAAAGAACGCUUCAAAUAACGAUUUUUUUGGGUAUUUUGAGGACUUUAAAGGGCUCUAUUGCUACAAGUUUGUUAAUUUUUUUCGAAUUAAGAGUUCUUGAAAUAGGUUUGUUUCAGAUAUUUGGUAAUCACCGAUUUUUGAGAUGAUUAAAGUCCAAAGCGAAGGAUUUCUCAACAACUUCUUUCGAUUUUUUUUUUUUGACAAAAAGUGCACUGAAACGCAAUCGCGCUCCAAAGCGAAUACUGACAACGGUAGUCGGAAGUUUCAGUGGAGAGCCUGAACGCCUAUUCGGCGGUGUUUUCCUGGCUGCCGCCCUCCCUUCCCAACGGAAUCCUCACCCACUACGUUGUCAAUGUCACCCAUGUUGUAAGAUAAUAUCUUUGUUUCCAAAAAAUGAACCGCUAAAAACAGAACAAUUCAAACGAGACGCGGACGAUCGACGUCGGCGCUUCGACGAACCGUUCGGAUCAUACCAUCCAGAUGAUCGUCGACGGACUUUUCGGCGGGGAGAGGUGAUUUCUCGGAGCAUUUGAUUAUCUCAGUUGAAAAACGUCUAAUCUUUUGGUUUGAAUGACCCGGAGCCAGAAGAUUUAGUGGAGUUUAAGGCAUUUUUGCUUGGAUAUGCGUUCUGAAACUUUAGACUCGAAAGAAAGGUCAUUUUCACUCCUUGAUGUACCAGAAAAAGAUCCUGAAAGUCUCAAGCUGCACAACUUGCUGGGUUUUAAGAAAGGGAACCUUGAAAUUCGUUAGAAUAGGCUAUUUUCGGACGUUAUUUCUCGAAAACUAGAAAAGUUCUGGCCAACUUCCAGCGAUUUCCCGACGGCAAAGUAGAUUGACAUUCCUUGUCAGCUCCGCAAUCGUUCUUGUUAGCACUUAGGAUCUCCAGAGUGGUCCCUAUAGGGGCGUCUUCAGGGACCUUCUAAGGACCACUUUACCAACUCCUAUAGGAGCCACUAUAGCUUGCAAAAAUGGUUGCUAGAGGAGUUUUAGUCAGUGGCCCCUAUAGGGGACAUACUAGUCGAUAGUUUUCAUGAAAUCUAUGCGAGAAGCAUUUCCAUGCGAAAAACUAAAUGAAUAAUCUAUUUUUUGAAUAAAAUUGAAAGACCUUUCUAGGGACCACUUAAGAUUUAGGGGCAAAACGGUCAGGUCCUAAAGGGAUCACUUUGAUUUCACCCCGAUAGGAACCACUUUUUGGGCGCCUAUAGAGGCUGUAUACCUCCCUCCCCUAACCCCUAUAGGGAUCAGUCUAAAAUUCCUGAUUAGGAAUGAGUUUUAUGUUCCAAAAAGGAUAGGGGAAGGUGUACACAUAUAUAAUUCUACCAUGAUAUUGUAGUACACCAAAACCAUCCACGCAAAGCUUGAGCCAGAUCUUUCCGAAAACAAAAUUUUUGUUUCAGCUACAAAAUUGGCGUACGCGCUGUCACGGAAGCCGGAAUCGGCGACGACGUUUCUCGUGUACCUCUUCUCGAGAUGCCUAUUAUGGGUAUAUUUGUUAUCCUACUUUUUCAACGCGAAAAACCGUCUCGACACUUUUUUUUUGAUCCUUAAACUUCAGAAACCAUACCGGUAUGAAAGUCUUCUUGGACGGCUCGUGUAGAGAAAAACUUAUUUCGACUUUUAAAGAGCAUAUUGAAGCAAUUUACCACCUUUAAGUAGAACGCUUUUUCCCCUUUCUUGCAUACGGCUUCAAAUUCUCAAGAGUCUAAAAAUGAGCUGUAGAAAACUUAGACUCUCAUGGAGUCGGUGAGAACCAAUAGCAAGGAUUUUCCUUACUUUCCAAAGGUCUGAACAUUAGCUGAAGUCUCUUGGGAGGCAGGUUGAGAUGACUGAAUUUUCAGCACCUCCGAGGCCGAAGUCAGGUCCUUCAGUGGUGCGGGAAAGCAUCGGUAGCGACUCGAUCGUCGUCAAAUUCUCUUCUCAGAUGCUCAGCAACAAACACGGCACGAUCAAACAGUUUGGGAUCUUCUAAUCGCCAAGUCUUGAUUGAAAAUUUCUUCAGAAUCGCUGUUAUCGUUUCUGAAGUUCCACGCGACGGCGGCGCAAGUGCAUCUGAGGAUGAUAACUCGACUUUUGUUGGUUUUUCUAGUUUUUUAUUUGGAGUCUGGUUAAAAUAACAUGCCUGAUCGUAUAAUUACUGGAAGCGUAGGCUUCAAGCAGCGCCCGACCCAAAACUACUUGCGCUUAAAUGCAUUGGGUGAAAAUGUAGAUGGAUUCCAAUCAACUAGUCGAUUCCAAUAUUGACGCUUUUAGUCGUUUUACAUGCGAAAAUGACCUUUUUUGGUAAUUUGUAAGAGUUCACUUAGUGAUUCCAAAAGCGGUCAUGAUCCAGGAUCGAUUUUUUUCGUUCAAAAAUUUUUUUCUUCUUCUUUUUUCCUCUAAAUUUUUUUACAAAAGCGUUGAAAAAAAUGGUUAUUUUUAAUACUUGAAAAAGGGUUUUUUUUUUCGAAAUUUUUUAUAAAUAUUAAGUUUUUAUUCCAUGUCACCUCGAUUUUCAGGACUUUUUUCACCAUAGAAAGAAAUUUUGAAAGCUAAAAAUUUAAGUUAACGUUUGAACGCGUUUUUUGAUGAAAAACUGAACGAAAACUGCUCAGACAUGGCUGCAAGUCCAACGCUUCGAAACUUGGCCGUCGUACAUCGCCAAGAUGGAAGACAUGGCCAGACGACCGUCCGACGACUCGUCCGCCUUUUUCGAGGUAGCUUUUCGGUUUCUUGGAAAUACGGGUCUGAGAAAUUGGUCAGUUCGAAGCAUACGUUCACACAGUUAACAUAUUUAUUAAGUCUUCAGAAUAUAUUGAUUGGAAUGAUUCAAAAGUUGUUUUUCGGUUUGCGGAACCGUCGUUGAUCAAGAAUAGCGCGUUAAACAUCUUGCCGGGAAAACAUGGGGAAACCAUUUUUAAGCUCGCCACCUCUAGUUUAACUGAAGUAAUUCCUGGAGUUUAAACUAGUUUUUACUUUUUUUUUAACCACCUCCUUUGGCUUAGAAAUGGUUUUUGCUUUAGUAAAUUUUUGCAAGCCAACUUUUCCUGGACUUAUUGAGUUCUGUACUUGCCCGAGUAUGGUUCGGGGGUUUUUUCAUAGUGUUUGUUUCAUUAAAUUUUCAAAUAACCAGGCUUUUUGACAAUAUUAAGAUGGUUAAGGUUGAAUAGUACAUAGUUCUUGGUAAUUUGAACAGUUUCAAGUCUAUUUUUUUAAACAGAGUUCACCCAAUUUCUGAAAUUCCUUUUUUACUGUUUUUUUCUGUUUCUCAUCAAACGCUAUUCUCUUCAUGAAUAAUCUUAAUUUCAGGUCUAAAAUCUAAAAUUUUAUCGAAAAACGCAAAAUCCCCAUUUUAGACCGCUAAUUUUUGAUUAUUUGACCCUUUCAAAGUACUUACCAUUCCGAAAUUUUAGCACUUUGGAAAAGAAAACAAUUUUGAAUGGUAAAAUCUUUGAAACCCUCAAAAAAAGUCACUGAAUUGACCGAUUAAAAAAAAAGACUGUCUAAUUCGACACUCGAAAAAUUCAAACACCCCCGCAAAAUCUGAACUUUUCCUCCCUUUCUCACCCUUUUUUCCGUCUUCCUGGAAUACCCUAGGGAAACAUGACGGCAUACCAUUGAACAAACACUCGAAAAUCAAAAUGAGGAAAUCCUGAAUAGAUUAAAUGAAAGUUCUUCCGUAAAAGGAAAUGACUUUUUGCGUUGAUGAAUUGGGAAAAAAGAGGUAUUUGCAGAGGGUAGUUUUUGGAACCUUUUUUCAAGGUUUCAAGAAAAAUCUAUAUUUUUUGGCUUAAAAAUUCCGAAGAAGAAGGAGAUGAGUAAAAUUUCGAAGGGGUUAGAAGGUGAUUUAAAAAUGGAAAUUUGCUUUUUGUGUCUUUCGCUUUAAAUACUGUCUUGUAAAAAGGGUUUUUUAAAUUUUUUUUUCAGGGAUUUCUUAAAAAAAUUGGUCAGGAUACUCUUCAAGGUACUAGAAAAAUAUCCUGUAAGUCUCAACCCACGAAACUUCAAAUUUCUUGAGCAAGGACACCUCAAAGUCGAAAAGAAUCAUCAAAAUACGUUAAAAGAGGUAUUUUUCAGUUUUUGAGCCUUCCUUUUUCGAAAACUGAGAAAUUGUGCAAAAUGAAACUUUCAGGAUCUUUCUUUAUUAUAUCAUUCAGUGAUCCGACCAAAUUUUAAGAGUAACUGAACCACAUAGUGGAUUGGCCUUCCUUGUUAGUCUGUUCAAAAAAUGAUUUUCAAUAGAUUUACCAAAAAUGUGACAAAAAAAUCCUGAUAAAGACUAUUUUCUUGAUGAUUUGCAGGAGAUCGGCAUGGAUCACGCAUGUACGGAAUUAUCAGUGGAGCAGAUUUGCAACGGUCCCCUGAAGCCGUCGACGGCCUAUCGGUUCAAGGUGCGACUUUUCACGGCUCCGAACCUUUUCACGGAUUCGCCCUACAGCGCCGCUGUCACCACUGGUUAGUUUUCUUCCAUUUUCAUAUUGGAAAGUUCUUUCUCUUCUCAUUCUUUGAACUUCUAGGGAUGAGCAAACUUGUGAUUUUAUUCGAACAUCUCAAAAAUUCCAAUCCUUACGAUUUUUAUUUUUUAACAACUCAGGAAAGUCAGAGUGAUCUCUAUAGGGGUUCAGGAGAAAAAAUAGCCAUUAUUGGAGUAAAAUUAUGGUGGUUCCUGUAAAAGUUUAGGGUCUUAGCCCACAGAGCUCAAGUGGUCCCUAAAGGGUCUUUGAAAAUUUUUAUCCAGAUUCGAAUAUUAAAAAACAAACUGAAUCAAUUUAUCUUUAAUAAAAAACAGAUAGCAUGUCUCCCUAUAGGGGCCCCUUUUUCAAGCUUUAAGAGUUGUAAAGUGGUCCCUAGAGGGGUCCUCCAAGAGCUCCUACGGUUGCCCCUACAGGGACCACUCUGGAGCACCUAAGGAUGUCAGAAUCGCCCGAAAAAUUCUACAUAGACUUUGACUUUUUGAUAUGAGUUAUAAAUGGCGGAAAUCGUGCAGUUCUCUCGAUCUUCUCCCAACUCUGAAUGUCGGUCGGAUUUCUGAUGAGCUCAUGAUGAAGGCUGAAAACCUGCUUGCGGUAUUAGUUAUGUGGUAAAUAAUUGACGAGAGAGAUGACGUCUUUCCACUUGGAAUAUGUUAGGAGGAUCGGCGCGAACCUUGCGCCGGAUCCACUAUUUUUCGGCACGAACUCUCGUCCUCAGGGAGACACAGAGAGAGAAAAACUCUCGGCUCAUUUCGGAUUCAGACGCUCGUCGUCGUCGUUGACGUCGGUCGCGUUGCCACGUUUAUCAAUGCUCCCUUUUCCUUCUCCGAAGCCGCAUAAUUUUCGAACGAAUCUUUUUUGACGUCUAUCCUGUGACCUCCUUCGUAGGCGAAAUCGGUAGGACCCUUUGAGCGUCCGUUAAGGUUUCCAUUAUUUGUUCCUAAACGGAUGCCAACGGCGGUACCCUUUUUACUGCCUUUUUCCGCCCUUUCAUUGGCCUUCAUCCACCCUUUUCAGACCCUUGAGAAGCACAUUUUUUUAAAUUGAGAAUAAUUUUCAACAGGGACUGUGUAUGAACCAAACUGUGCUACAGUAAUAAAAUCGGAAAUAAUCAAUGGUCGAGACUUUCAGGACCCUUUUAGCGGCCUCUCCUUUUUUUCACCCUUUUUUGAAGCUUUUUAGCCCACCAAGAAAGAAAGGCUCAAUAAAGGCCCCAAAACGGAACCCUUUUAGCGGCCAUUUUGCACCCGUUUUCCGCACUUCCGGCUUUGGCAGCGUUGUUGAACUACUAGCAGAUCUUUAAGAGCUAUAAUUCUUUUCAUACCUUCACCUUUUAAAAUUUUAUUUAUGAUCCUCUACGUAAAAAAAUAUAUAAAAACCAAAAUAUGAGAAAAUUUUCAAAAUAAACUCAAUAUCAAUCAAACUUUUUUCAGCCUUGCUAUUUUUUUCGAAACAAAUUCGCUUCCUGCUUUCGAAAUUCUUUAAGGUCAUGAAUCUGGCUUCUCAAUUAGUUUAAUUAAGUUCUUCAUAGCAAAAAAACCUAAUUUUUUUGGAAAAAAAUUCCAUUUUUUUUUUUGAAUUGACCAUUUGGAAGGUAACCUUUAAAAAAGGCAGAUUUUAAUUUUUCAUUGUUGGAAUUUUCUAAAGCGUGUUCUUUAUAUAAAACACCGGAAAAUCAAAGAAAAUGCAAUAAUUAAUUUCUUUUUUUAAUUCUUACCGUUUAACCUUGAAGGUACUCGAAUGACUACUUUUUUCUUUUUUUUUUCUUUUUUCUCUCACAUGUGACAGCACACGUUUUUCGUUGCUUUCCCACUUACCAUGGUCUUAGGUUUCCUUUUCCCCUUUCCCCUUUCCCACCACUUUAAAAAGCAAAAAGAAAGUCCAUUCGGUAGGAUUUUUGCAAUUUCCGCAGGCGUAUCUGCAACAAUUGGCCGGCAGACCACGCCCACUUCCGGUGUCGCGUCGUUUCACCAACCGGAAGGACAAAGAAAAUAUCGCUUGUUCUCCUCUGAUCAGUAGAAAUUUGAUCGCUUUGGGCCCUCGACUGAUCACUGAGUUUGCCGAUUUCUUUGGUUUUGAAAGAGAUUUGCAUAACUUUGAGAAAGAUCAAUCAGGAACCAUGUUGAAUCUUGCUAGGCCUAAAUAUAGUGUUGCCUAUAAUUUUCCGUUUUUUAUGGUUUUUAAGCUUAAGCGUUUUACUUAAGUUUAUGUAAAACAUAAGUACAUAUCGCCCCAAGUGCAAAUAAGAGAUGCUCAGGUGAAAAAGAGAUUUGAUAACUUAGAAACGCCUGAAUGGCCACUUUUGUAAGCUUCAGUGCAACUUUAGGUGGGCGUAAAGUGACCUCUUGAGGGGAAAGUUGAUAAAUAUGAUCACUUGGAAACGCCUGAAUGGUCGCUCUUGCAAGCUUCAGCAGGCUUUCAGGUAGGCGUAAACUGGCCACUUGAGGGGAAAAAUAAGAGAUAUGAUAACUUAGAAACGCCUGAAUGGUCGCUCUUGCAAGCUUCAGCAGGCCUUCAGGUAGGCGUAAACUGGCCACUUGAGGGGAAAAAUAAGAGAUAUGAUAACUUAGAAACGCCUGAUUGAUCACUUUUGUGAGCUUCAGUGCCUUCUUCAGGUGGGCGUAAAGCGACCACUUGAGGGGAAAGAUGAUAAAUAUGAUAACUUAGAAACGCCUGAAUGGCCACUUUUUCAAGCUUCAGUGCUUCCUUUGAGUUGGCGUAAAGUGGCCACUUGAAGGGAAAAAUAAGAGAUAUGAUAACUUAGCAACGCCUGAAUGGCCACUUUUUCAAGCUUCAGUGCUUCCUUUGAGUGGGCGUAAAGUUACCCCUUAAGGGAAGAAGUUAGAAUUAUGAUAAUUUAGAAACGCCCGAAUGGAAGGUUUUGCAAGCUUCAGUGCACCUUUAGGUGGGAGUGAAGUGGCCCCUUGAGGGAAAGAUAAGAAAUAUCAUCACUUAGAAACACCUGACUAAUCACUUUUGGCAGCUUCAGUGCUUCCUUCAAGUGGGCGUAAAGUGACCCCUUGAUGGGAAAGAUAAUAAAUAUCAUCACUUAGAAACGCCAGAGUGGUUUGGCAAGCUUCAGUGCCCCUUUAGGUAGGCGUAAAGUUACCCCUUUAGGGCAAAGAUGAUAAAUGAGAUCACUUAAAAACGCCUGACUGAUCACUUUUGCAAGCUUCAGAGCCCCCCUGCUGGAAAAGGUGAUAAAUACGAUAACUUAGAAACGCCUGAAUGGACACUUUCGCAAGCAUCAGUGCCUUCUUCAGGUGGGCGUAAAGUGACCCCUUGAGGGGAAAGAUGAUAAAUAUGAUAACUUAGGAACGCCUGAAUGGCGACUUUUGCAAGCUUCAGUGCCCCUUUAGGUGGGCGUAAAGUGGCCCCUAGAGGGGUACCUACAAUAACCUUUUUUGUCACUCUAAGGACGACUUUCGGAACAUAGGAAGCUAGUGAAGGCUGUUCAGUUUUUCCAAAAAGGGAAGUCCAAAAAAUGAGUUGGAACCAAGCAGAAAUAUUUUCGGAAAAAAUUCAGUUUUUAAUGACUCAAAUACCAAAGGAAUGUUUUCAAAACAUGAAAAGAUAAGAAUGCAUUCUUUGGUCGGCCUGUUCCUUGUGUUGCGAACACCCAAUGGCGAAUUUCGUCGCGCCGAAACGUUGGUCGACGCCGUCGCGACAGCUGCAAGCGACACUUGUCGUCGCGAGGCUGACAGUCGAAAAGCGUUCCGUUUUCCCUCGCAACAGCAGCUUCGCGUUUCCGGGAUAUAAUAUCCUGCAACAUAAGCCAAAAAAAAGUUUUUUUUGAAGCUGCCUCUUCGCGAUCUUCUCAAAAUUUCCAAAUUUAGACGGAAGUUUGGAAGCAUAACGUUUCCUUUCUAGAAGGUGUAUUUAUAGUAAAUCCAUUUUGCAAUAAACGGAUAUCAUCUUAGGAACUCCAGAGUGGUGCCUAUAGGCCAUCUAGGACCACUUGACCAACCGCUAUAGGGAUCACUAAAGCUUAAAAAAGUGGUCCCUAUAGGGGACAUGCUCGUCGAUAAUUUCCAUGCGAAAAAACUGAAAAAAAGCUUAUUUAAAUAAAGUUGAUGGGCCCAUAUAGGGACCACUCAAGCUUUGGGGGCUAAGGGGGGAGACUCUAGAUUCCUAUAGGGAUCACUUCGAUUUUACCUCUAUAGGGACCAUUUUUUUGACACUUAACCCCUAUAGGGACCACUUGAGCUUUAGGAGUCGAGUAACCCUGAACCCCUAUAGGGACCAUCUCAACUUCACCCCUAUGUGGACCACUUUUUUAGCCCCUAACCCUUAUAGGGACCACUUUGUUGUAAAAAAAAAUCAAGAAGCUUGCUGGAAACUUUUCACUGCAAUUUUCGUUCUCCUCUUUCUCUCUUGAUGCCUUUUUGAAUAAUUUUCGGUCCUUCCUGUACAUUGAAGGCUUUGAGGAAGAGAAAAAAAAGCAAACGAGGACGAUGAGAAUGAAGAAUGGGAAGAAAACGAUGCCUUGCCGGAAUCGCUCGUUUCUCCCACGCAAAAGCAUACACACCGAACUUGCACGCUCUCACGCACAUACUUGCUCGCUUCCUCUUCUAGCUUUUUCAAAAAAAUGAUAUAUUUCAAUUUUCUGUCUCGAUUCUGAAUCAUCCCUACGCGAAAAAUUUCCAAAGGAAUCACAAUUUCUGAAGUUAAAUUUAUAGGUCAAAGUCUCAAAAAAAUGGCGAAUUCCUUUCCAUGUUUUUGAUUUUCCCAUUUGAAAAAUCUUCUUUUUUCUUCUUCUUCUUCAAAAAAAGAAGACGAGCGAGGCGUUAAAAAGUGAUGAAUGGGACGCCUUGAGAAUGUUUUGUUCUUCUUUUUUUUUCUUCUCACGCUUUUUUUUCUCAAGUUUCCCCACACCCACCUACUACAUUUCGCUCUUUCUCCGUCAUUUUUGACGUCGAACUUGUAGUUGAGGACCACAAUGUCCCAAAUAGUUCUCACGGACGUAAAUGUCUCGGUGAAUGUCGUCAGGAAAGUACCUUCCCGGAAAAAAGCCGUCUGAACAAAGGAACUCGAAACUUGACGCGGAUUUCCUUGAGUUACCAAUUUCUUGAUGAUUUUUUCAGAUAAUUAGGACCGGUUUGAAGGCCAAAACUCAGUUACGAAAAGCUGAUGGGGUGUUUAUUUCUUCUCGCCCUCCUGAACAAACUAUCUGCGUCGGAGAGUCUGCCGCCCCGAGGCUUAUUCCCCGCCGCCGCCGGUCCUUUUUUCCCCACCAAUUGAGCCUUUUUCUUUGUUUUUUUGUCUUUUUUGAAAAAAUCGUUUCGGGGGUUCAUUUUUCAUCGUUCAUGGAAGAAAGUUCUGCAGAGAAAAUUUAUGAAAAACUGAAAACUGAUUUUUUUGGCUUAUCAGACCCAGAGACGCCUUGGUCAACACUUUCGAGAGUUUUGAUCCUGUGAUCUGCCUCGUUGAUCUGAAGAUCUUAAGAGAUCCUUCAGUUUUUUUCGAGGUUGAAUCAUAUGAUACUCUAUGAAAUAGUCUCAUUUUUCAAGUUUUUUCGAGUUUUUCAAGUUUUGCGCCUUGAGAUGUCCCCUACAUGGAAAGUCUUUUUACUUUGCGGUUUGGAUUUUUUUUUCGAAAAUCUUUUAAAAAACACUCUGAAUGUCCAGAAGGUCCCUCAUAGUCUAGACCAGCCCAAACUUCUAGUUUUCAAAGUUUUCACAGACCCCACGGUUAUUUUAAUUAGGGACUUGGAUUUUUCUACGAAUUUUUUCAAACGUUCUCGGAAAGUUUAUUUUGAGGUCCAUCAAAGUUGCAACCGGCGCCAGCUUCUAGUUUUUGAGAUAAAUAAGUUUGAAGUUCGAAAAGUUAAGCCUAAAACCCAUUUUUCGCAACUUUAAAAAAUCAUAUCUCAAAAAAUAGAAGUUUCCGCAGGAAACGACUGUGAAGGGUCUUCAUCUCUACCUUCAGAGAGUUUUUGAGCAAACUUGUAGAAAAUUCCAAGCCGCAAAGUAAAAUGGCCUCCCUUGUCAGGUUCUUUGAGAAACUUCAUUUUCAUAGGACAAUCCUUCAGAAUCGACCCAUUAACAUCACCAACUUUUUUUCUUCUUCUGUUUUUUUGACUUUUCACUCGCGAAUGAGAAACGACUACAAAACGAACAAAUGACGCCUCCCAGUUAUUUUUUGGUCGCACAACCCGUCGGUUUUGACGUGGCAUCCAUCAAUUGCGACAAUUGGCAAAAACAUUCACGUCUUCUUGUAGAAAAAAAACGAGAGAAAAAAAAUGAAUAGGAUAGGGGAAAAAAACGGAGAGAAGAACGGGAGAAGAUCGCGUGGGUGCUUCUCCCUGUUUAACUCUCUGGACCCUCCAAUUUGUCUCUUUUACUAGAAGCGCCGCCCAUAAUUUGCCCUCAAGCAAGAAGGAGCAAAAAAAAGCGCUUCAACAUGGACUCGUGUAGUGCUUCGUCUUUUUUUGGAAGUAGGACUUCUCCAAGGUUUUCUCCAAAAAAAGUUUUCUUCGCAAGUUUUCCUUUAGAGUCUCAGAUCAUCAUAGUCUUCUUGGUUUCUCGCUUUUCUUUCGAAGCUUCUGCUUUCGGUUCGACGGAAGGCGUUUGGAAGCUUCCCAGCAAGUGAUCGAAAACUUCCGAAAAUUUGGCUGACUAGGGAACUUUUUACCCCCUCGGUAGAACUUUCGCUGUAACUUUGCUGAAGUGUACUUUAUGAUCCUGUGAUUGCAGAUCAAGAAAAAAAUCGCAAUAGAUCUUGUUUCCGAAUUAUGGAGCUUCAAAGUGUGCAAAAUACGCAAAUUAGGGCAAAAAAGCGCUAUUUCGAGCUUUUGGAGCGUCCUAACUGGGAAACAAGAUCUAGUGCGAGAUAUUUUUUUCUUGUCCUGGAAUCAGGGGGUUCUAAAGUACACUUCAGCAAAGUUUCAGCGAAAGUUCGGGGCUAAAAAACUUCCCCUAGUGAGGAAGAAGCAAAUUUCAUAACUAUGAAGGCUCUCUUCAAAUGUCUUGAUUCGAUUCGUGGAAACGGACAAAUUAGCGCCAUAUAAUUUCCCUCUUUGAAAAACAAACAGAGGGAGAGAGAGAUGCUCGUUCCGCUGACCUAUCUACAUUUAUCCCGUUUCUAAGGAACCUUUUUUGCAAGAUAUUACGGAUGAAAGUACAAUUUUUUGUAAUCUCGAUUUUUUCCAUAUUUCAAGCUUUCAGGUUGAGUAGUUCUAUCUGCAUUCUUGUUCAAAGGGAAAACCGAAGAUUUUUUUCUGAAUUUUAUGAAAAAUGAGUAAUUUUCGGAAAGCUUACCAGGGAACGUUUUUAAUUGUUGAACUUUUGCUGAAACUUCGCGGAAGUGUACUUUAGAACCCCUGAUUCCAGAACAAAAAGAAAAUUUCUCGCAAUAGAUCUCGUUUUCGAGUUAGGGCACUUCAAAAGCCCGAAAUAACGCUUUUUUGGCCUAUUUAGCGUAUUUUACACACUUUGAAGCUCCAUAAUUCGGAAACAAGAUCUAUUGUGAGAAAUUUUUUCUUGAUCUGCAAUCAGGGGAUUUUCUGAAUUUUAUGAAAAAUGAGUAAUUUUCGGAAAGCUUAGGAGUGCACGAAAUAUCGAUAAUUUUUUUAUCUUUCUCACCAAACGUCACACAACCGGGGUUAUUAGCGGCCGGCACGAACCCGCCAUUUUCGGGUAAUCUCUGAUUAUCAGUUUCUUUCGAGCAGCUUCUUCCGCCCCAAUUUUCGACGUGCCUACGAGGACGCCCACUCGUUCCCAACUCAAAUAUAUGGGCAGGCAGCAUGCAAACGAGUAAAAAGGGUGCCAAUUUUUGAACAAACAAACACACGCAAACACCACACGACGCCUUCAGAAGCGAACAAGAAGCAGAUGAAGCUCACAAUUACCACCCCUCCCCCCGACCUUUUUUUGGUGUGCCAAGUUAGCCCGGGCUCCGCCCUCAAGCUCCACCCACCGAGGACAUGAUAAACGUGGUCGGCAGAUGAUAAGAGGCCGUCUUUUUUUCGCGACUCGCCUCGACGGCUUAUCCCCAAAUCCAUAAAUCCUUCCCAAAUACCUAUCCGCAGCCAAUUUUUUUCCUGCUCCUCUUUGUUUUUCCUGUUAAUUACUCUGGAAUGAAGCGUUUAAUUCUCAAUCGUCUCGUCUGAUAUUAAUUGGAGAGCGAUCACCUUGUUGCCCUAACGAACUAAAAUUAGCGACUCUCCAAAAAGAUCAUUCCGAUCAACUUUCACUGUUUUUUUAUUCGAAAAUAUUUUUUUGAGUUAUCCGAGAAGAAACUUUUCUCCAGGAUUGAAGAUUACUCCGUAGAAAUCCUGGCCCUGAGCCGCUACUCGUAGAAAAUCUCGGCUCAUCCUUGUCGCGUCGACAAUUUUGAUCCUCUUUUAAAGCUGCUUUUUUUCUAAAUCUUUGCUUUUAUCAGUAAGAAUCGCUCUAGCCAUGUGAGUUUUUUGAGCAAGUACUGAUUUUUGAGAUUAUUUUUCGUUUUCUUUCGAACUAGACACUAAUUUUGUGUUGAAAUAGUCAGUUCUGAAGAAUUUCAGGUCAUAGAUCAGUAAAAAUGUCGAUUUUCAGCCAUUUUUUCCAUUUUUUCGGAUCCAAGAACCUUCCAUAGGCAAAAUGAAAAAGCUCUCCUGAAGAGGAAAGUCAUUUAACUUUUCGAUGAGGACUUUUUGAAAAUUGUCUAGGGUACUUUUUGAGGUAUCAAAAGAAGAUCCUGAAAGUCUUUACCUGCAUAAAUUCCUGGUUUUUGAGAAAGAACACCUCGGAAUCCGUUAAAAUAAACCAAUUUGGGAUUUUGAGCCUUCAUUUCUCAAAAACCCGGAAGUUGUGCAGGCUGAAACUUUCAGGAUAGUCUUCUGGUACAUAAAAGAGUUUUUCGGUCAAUUUUCAAAAACUGCAAAGUGAAAUGACCUCUUUUGUGAGGAUUUUCAGAAGCAGCUAAAAAGUCCCGCUAAAAUCUCCGAAAAUGGUAGGAAAAUUUAUUUGAGCCCCCUUUUCAUGGAUUUUUUAGUCCCUUGAAGUUUUUUCCAGUUGCUUCUCGGUACCUCUAAACUAGAGGAACGAAAAAAGUAGCAAAAAUUAAAUGAAAAGACCUUGUUUUAAAGAACCUUUUGAGAAGCUUUUCCAUAUGCUCGAGUCCACUCCACAUUUUUUCAAAAAUCCUUCCCAAGACGGAGUUGUUUUUGAGUCAAGCUUAUCUCUGACACGCCAUCUUAUCUGCUCAAACCCGAGAUUUUGGCUGAGCAUCCGCCGUGGAACUGAUGGAUAUAAAACCUGGUUGCAGAAUCCGUUGGCCGCGGCGUCCCGUUCGCCUCGCUGGUCGCCGUUUUCGCCGUCGUUUCCUUCGUCGGCCUCGUCGCGUCCUUCUUCCUCUGCUACAUCAACCGAACCAGAAAGUCUCGGUAGGCUCGAAAAAUGAGGCGAUUGGUGGUCAGGAGAACGGAAAGAACCUCAUAAACAACUUUUGCGAAAGUUAGAAAAUAUUGUCUCGGACUCGAGACAAAUACUUGAAAAAAGUCGUGAAGAGGUUUUAAAAACACAGUUUUGAACAGUUUUUUUUCAGCAGGGGUCUGAAAAUUGGCCAGAACGCUCCUUGAUGUACCAGAAGACGAUUCGGAAAGUUUCAACCUGCCCAACUUCCUCGUUUUCAAGAAAAGCCUCAAAAUCCCUGAAAAUCCAUAAAAAUGGGCUAUUUUGCGGCUUCAAUCUCUUAUUUCUCCGAAACUAGAGAGCUGUGCAGGGUGAACUUUCCAGAAUCUUCUUCUGGUACCUCAAGGAGCAUCCUGGCCAAUUUUAAGAAAAUCCCAACCCCAAAGGGUUUUAAAAAAGAGUUGUUUUACUAGAUAGAAAAUAACGAUUUUCCAUGAGACUUUUGGGAAUUUUCCCUCUUUAAACGCAAAAUAUUCUACAGAGACUUCGAUAAUUUUUUGGAAUUUAUGAGAAAAUAUCACAACUUCUGGAAAAUUUUUUAGUGGCCACUGUAGAGGCUCGCAAAGAACAACUUGGAGAGGACACUAAAGUGGCCACUAAACCCACCUCUUUAGUGGCCACUAUUUUCCGUUUUAGUGGCCACUAUAGAAGUUCUCUAUUUAAUGGCCACUAUAGAAGUUCUCUAUUUAUUGGCCACUUCAGUAGUUUUUCAUUCAGUAUUCCUUUCUUUUAAAACAAACAGAUUGGUUCAGUUAUGUUGAUCCGUUGACCCCUAAAGUGGCCACUGAAACGUCAAAACCCUAUAGUGGCCACUAAACAUUUUGUCAGUUAUGUUGAAAAUGUUUGAAGGGCCAUUUUCCCCGGGCAAAAACACGGAAGCAGCGAAUAGAUUAUGUAGUGAGGGCUGAACAGCUGGCUGCAGAGAAGUUGCUUUUCGUCAUGAAUCUCCGCCCCCUUCUUAACUAGAAAAACUGUCAAAUGAUAGGAACGGAGGGCUCUCGACGCGCCAGCUGUCGCCCUCCCCCCACUUCCGCAAAUCUUUAUUUCCGAUUUUUCAAAAAAUCCUUCUCUUUUCCGUGUUUCCAUUGGAUCAAAAGCUCUAUUAAUCGAAUGCGUGGUGACGUUUUUGAUCGGCUGCUUUUUCCGCGCGGAAAAUGAAAAAGAAUGGUGUUUUUCUGGUCGAGCCAGGCUGCAGCAGCUGUAGAAACACAAAAUCGGUGUCGAUAUUUAUAUGUUCUAUUCAGCAAAAUCUUUUUCUGUCUAUUGAAAUCCAUCCCUGCAAAUUCUUCUUUUGGCGAAUCCGUUUCGCUGCGCAGUGCGGUGUUUAUUGAAAUAACCUCGUUCACCGGCCCACACUUUUUUUUUCCUUCUUUUCUUCUUCUGCUUUCCUUUUCUGCUGCUCCGACAUCCCACGCUUUCCGUUUUUCUGAUUGGCUCUUCAGCCGAACUUUUGUUGAAAUACUAGAAAAUCGCGUGGGCGCCCGAGAUUCGCUGAUUUCGGCUGUAGGAGAAACGAAACGUCUAGGAAAAAAGGCGGAUUACGGGAAUAUUUGAAAUAAAAGUGGAUAAGAACAGUUUUUUUUUUCAACACAGAAGAAUAUCGGAAAGUUCAUUCGAGAGCUUUUUGAAUUACAAGGCGUCUUGGAAGAGUUUUCAGCUCUCUUUAAUCCUUGGAGCCUAUGAAAUUUCAAAAGAUCAGUUUUAGUUUAAGCCUCCGAAAGUCUAGAAGUCUUACUCAACCGAUAAAUUUUAAAAUCAAAAAAUUUAUUUGGUUUUUUUCUCCAGUCAAAGACUCUACAAAGGCGAUCCUUCCUAAAUUGAUCCCUAUAGGGGCAACCUUAGGGACCACUUCACAAACCCCUAUUUAGUCCACUAAAGCUUUGAACAGUGGUCCCUAUAAGGGUCUUAGUUAGUGGCCUCUAUAGGGGGGACAUGUUUUUCGAUAAUUAAACUCUAUGCGAAGAAGCAUUUCCAUACGAAAAACUGAAAAAAACCUUUUUUAUAAAAAUUGAACGAUCCCUAUAGGGACCACUUAACCUUUGAGGGCUAAGGGGUCAGAACCUAAACCCCUAUAGGGACCACCUUGAUUUCACCCCUUAAGGGGCUGUUUUUCGCUUUAACCCCUAAGGGGACCAUUCUAAAAAUAAUUAAAAAAUUCUUUAAUUACGUUCAAAUAAACAUUGAACGGCUUCCAUAGGAGGCUGAGCUCACGCAGAAACAUCGUUCGCUCCGCCCACCGCCACGCCCCCUUCGGCACUGACCAUUGGAAAAACGAGAUUGGUUGCAGGUGCAGCAGCAGCAGCACGUACGCAUCCUCGGGUCCGUCCAAGGAGAAAGAAUCGCAGUGGGCGGCGCUCAAGAUGAUGAUGGCCGAGCGAGCAGCCGACUGUCUUGCCAAGCUGGGUCUCGAAGCGAACGCGACUACCGUAUCCGAUGGCGUCGAUGCCGCCGGCGCUUCUCACUUGGCUCCCACCUUUGGACAUCAUCGAAGGUUCGUGCUUUUGAAGAUACUUUCUGGGGGAGAUUUGGUGAUGCUACAGUAGCUCUUCCUACAAGGGGUUUUUGGACAUUCAAUAAAACUGCGAGUUCAGGACCUCUUGACACCAGAAAACUCAGAAAAUCAUACCGAUUCGAUUUUUUCAAAGUUAUGAAGCUUGAAUGCUAGUAAACUACCCGAAAUAUAUAGAAAACGUGUUGUUUUAAGCUUUUGAAGCCUCAUAACUUGAAUGACGUUUCAGUUUCGGAAAUUUUCUAUUCUUUGGAAGCUGUGAAAGUCAUUCCAGCCAAGUUUUAUCAAAAGUUUAACCGGCCACUAAAAAUCUUUGAAUUGGAAGCGGUAAAGCCAGUUAUCCAGAAAAGGAAAAAAAAGAAAAGAAAAAAUAACUGAUUCAUUUUUUCGACGAACUGAUGCUGUGUUAAAAUGAAUUUCGGCGAUUAAAAAAAAAGCAAAAUAAGAAUUCCUUUUGAAAAAAAUGGGUCUCACAACGAUGUAUCGCAAUGUAUAACCUUCUACGGUGACUCUUACAGUCCGUUCAGUUUUUGAACGUCAAGUACAAUGACGUCAUUCAAAAACACUCUGUGGAUGGCUUGCCCUCUGAUUGGUUUAUCGCGCCAUUAGGGGCGGAGCUUGAGCAAAGACUUGGCAUUCAAAAUAUGAACAAACUAUACGCGCGAAUUUGAAUUUUUCGUUGUGGCCAAAUAAAAGGAAAAUUUGGAUUUUGAGUGUGAAAAAUGCGAUAUCGUUGUAGUACCCAUUUUCUUAAACAGCUCUCGGAAUUCUAAUUUUGCCUGAUUCGUGUGAUAAUUUUAAACGAAAAAUGCGUUGAAAUCGCCGAAAUUACUCUGAAAAGGACAUGAAUAAGCUGAGCUUCUCUUUUUCGGCUCUUCGUAGAGAUCCUUGCCGGAGACCCUCCGAAUGUUUUAUGGUUUCCCAUGCAAAGAGCACUUAUUUGACGUAAAUUCAUAACGAGCACAACUGACGUCAUCGAACCUUUCCCCCGUCGCAUAAAAUAUUGUGGUCAUCACGUCAAUGUAGCUUUAUCUUUGAUUGGGUUACUUUUUGAUUUCCGGUAAUUUCAUCAUUCACCGCCGGUGACGUCAGAGUUUUUUAAUGAAAAGUUUUUGGUCUGCAGGAUUUCCUUGAAUAUGAGUUAUUCUUUAAUGAAUUGAAUUUUUUGUCAAGUUUUUACUCAUUUCAAAACUGUCGCUAAAAGUUUUCCUGAACCUCUUAUUUUUUGAAAAUUGUUCCGUAAUCUUUUAAGGACCGUUUUCAGUAAAAAUUUGUUGAUAUCUCUGAAAAGCUCUAUGCGAUUUAUUCUGCGAAAAAGAAUAAAAUAGUGCCAGUAAAAUGCAAUAGGAUGGUUGAUUGAAUAGCAUAAACAUAUUGAAAACCAAAUUUUCCCAUUCUUGUAGUCUAUUCAAAUGGAUCCGGGAGUGUUUAAAAAUAGACAAGGCCCAAAAAAUCGUCAAAAAGUUGUGCUCUGAAACUCUCUCAUUCCCUUUAUGAAACCCCAGAGACCAUAUACAUGAACUUUUCCGGACCGUAAAUUAUUUCAAAGAAAGUGAACUAAACAUUUUUUUUUACUGGUGUGUGAACCUCCAGAGUGGUCCCUAUAGGGGCCCUUGGAGGGUUCCCUCUAGGGAUUACUUCACCAACCCCUAUAGAGGUCAUUAAAUCUUGCGAAAGUGGUCCCUAGAGGGGACAGGCUAGUCGAUAAUUUUUAUGACUCUAUGCAAAAAAGAACUUCCAUGCGAAAAACUAAACAAAUAACCUUUUUGAAUAAAAUUGAAAGACCCCUAUAGGGACUACUUGGGGGCUAAGGAGUGAGACCCUAAACCCCUAUAGGAACCACUUUUUCGACCCCUAACCCAUAUAGGGUUUACUUUGAAAUUCCUAAAACUCUAAAAUUCCUAACUAUGGUGUCUGGUUCGACUAAGUAAACGUUCAAAAAAAGAAGCUCAAGUUAAUUUUGAGAUUUUUUUUUUCAAUAUAAAGAAUAGUUUCAGAUGUCGAAGCCUCCGGGAGAGGACCGGCGUCGAACACCGUCUGGAAAGGCUUCCUUCUGGGCCGAUGCACCGGACGCCCCUUUAUACGGUCGUUUCCGGCGUCAACACAAACAAAAAGUAAUUUUUGUCACAUGCAUUCGACUCGAAUCUUCUCUAUCUCCCAAUACAUUGACAACAACGGGGCCCAAUUUAUUGCAGCCGCCCCGUUCGGAUCGCCGACUUUGCUGAACACUUCCGUUUGAUGAGCGCCGACUCAGAUUUCCGGUUCUCCGAAGAAUACGAGGUUUAUUGCUUGCGGAAGUUGUUAUGUUCAUAGCAUUGUCCACGAUUUACAUGGCUUAGGAGAUGCUGGAGAGCGUUGAAUUGAAGAAAACGUGUAGUUUCUGUUUAAUUUCCUUCCAAUAUCACCAAUGAUUUCUUUCAAGCUGGUAAAAGCUCAUGGAAGACUUGAAAAAUUCGAAUUCAGCGCCAAAAAUAAUUUUCAAACUCUUGCAGAUGAUGAAAAACGUCGGCUGUGGGCAGAGCCAACACGCCGCCGAGCUCCUCAUCAACCGCUCCAAAAAUCGCUUCACCAACAUUUUGCCCUACGAUCAUUCGCGAGUCCGACUCUCAAAUCCACGAGAGAUCGAGGCCGCCGACUACAUCAACGCCAAUUUCAUCCCCGUUAGUUUAGACUUCUUUGCCCUCUGAAUUCAGAAGAUCUAUUUAACAGGGAUUUUUUAGCUUAUAGGAGAAAAAGGAGAGACACAGCUUGAAAUCCAAAGUUGAAAAGAUUUUGCCAGUUUUAGCAGUAACUAUAUUACUUUUUGAAAAGGGAUGUCCCAGAUCUGAAUGUCAAGUCGUAGCUCUCAAGCUCCGCCCCCAAUGGCGCGAUAAACCAAUAAGAGAGAUUUUUGAAUGACGUCAUUGUACUUGACAUUAAAAAUCUGAACAGACGAGUUCAUUCCAAUCUAAGCAUGGUGCUAUAAAUCUGAAUAUUGGAAAAUGUGUUUCCAGGGCUUCUCCUCUCGACACGAGUUCAUCGCCGCGCAGGGACCCUUGCCGACGACGCGUGACGCAUUCUGGCAGGUCCGUUGAAAGGCACCGCCGUCAACCUGACGUUUGCGAUUCAGAUGACGUGGGAGCAGCAGUGUCCGGCGAUCAUCGCACUCACCAAGUGUGUGGAGAAAGGCCGCGACAAGUGCCAUCAGUACUGGCCCGACGCCGAGAACACCACCGUCGGCUACGGCGAAAUCGAGGUACCCGAGAGAGUCUGUCAGAAUAUUCAAGGUCGCCUGCAGGUGACGAUGAUCAGCGAGAAGCACUACGACGAGUUCGUCGUCCGGGAGCUGCGACUUCUGAAAAGGGUCGGCGGAGAAGUGAAGAGCCGUGUCGUCCGCCAUUGGCACUACAUGGCUUGGCCUGAUUUCGGCGUCCCUCAACACCCCGAAGGAAUCAUCUUGUCAGUCCUUGUUUUUGUGAACUUACCCCCUUUUUGAAGAAUAUUGAAUCAUCGUCAAAAUUACAGGUUCGCGCAGUUGUUCCGACAGAGUUUGCCGCAUUCUGCGCAUAACAUGCCGACGAUUGUUCAUUGCAGGUAAAUAUCUUUGAAAAAAAUUUCAGUGGCAAGAAAAAUAUUCAUAUUAGUCAUACGCUUUUGAAGCGUCCAAACUCGAAAACGAGAUCUAUUGCGAGAAAUUUUUUUUUCUCGCUCCUUAAUCAGGAGGGCCGUUUCCUAGUCACCUUUAAAGAAUAAAUGACGCGUGGUACAGAAUUCAAAAAAAAAGGACGACCUAGCGUUACUUUUCGAAUUAUUCUCUUAGAAUCUCAGGAAAUUCUCUAAAGUUCUUAUAACCUCACUCCUCCACAAGUUUAAAUGAACCAGAAUUUCGUAGGAAUGAAACUCUUUUCUCAAAACUUUAAAAGCUGGAAAAUCAAUCAGACUAUACCUUUGUGUAUGUGGACUUUCUGGCUAUUCUACAGACUUAAUUUACCUUUUUCUGCCUUUUUGCGAAGCUUAACACCAACUUUUUCAAGUAGAGUUUACCUUAUGUGAGUGUACUUAGAACUUGACAAAAAACAAAAAUAAUAAAGUCAAUCAUCAAGACAGAACGAACAGAAACCGUUUUCAGCGCUGGCGUUGGCCGAUCGGGCACCUUCAUGGCCAUCGACCGUCUCCUGCACUCAAUCGAACUCGACCGACCCAUCGACGUCUUCGGAAUCGUCUACGAGAUGCGCCAGGAGCGGUGCCAGAUGGUGCAAAACGAGGUUGAUUCGAUUUCUUCUUGGUAGAUCAACCCGAACGAUUUCAGCAGCAAUACGUGUUCAUCCACUCCUGUGUCCUGCACUACCUCCAGAGCUCCCCGGAGGCCGUAUUUCCGCCCCAGGCGCACCAAAAUCCAGCCUUUCUCGAUGAUUCCUCAAUCGCCGAAUCAGGAUUCUGA